AAAAGAUUCAAAAUAUUUAAGUGUUUGUUUUUGUUUUGAAAAUUGAUCUGAAAUUAUUUUAUGGUGAUUUCAUCCUUUAAAAUCCUUAUUUAACUCUAUUUAAGUAUUUUAAAUAGUCCUGAUGAAGUUUGUGAUCAGUAAUUAGUUAAUGUGAAAUAAACAAGUGAUUAAAAUUUGAGAUUUCUACGAAUAAGAAAUAGUUUUUAAGCAGGACAAAGAAAAAUCAUCAAAAAAUGAAUCAUAAAUUGAUAAUUAUAGUGAUUUUAAGUAUGUCGGUCUUAAAAGUUUUCGCCAAGCCUGGGGCAAGUUGCGGUGCAAAUUAUACGGAGCCAGUUAAUAACUCUAUAAUUUGUUCAGAGAUUUUCCAAAUAUUCCAUAAAUGUACUGGUAGAUUUCUAGAAGUAGCACUAGACACAGCAAAUCCAUUCACACUAUGUACUAAUAAGCAGGCAUUUGGAUAUUACCGGAAUCUGACAUUUUUCUUUAAUCUUUUGGAAGAGAACUAUGACAGAAAAACUAGAAUCAUUUGUAGCGAGGAGUAUCUCAAUAAAAAUCGAAUGAGUGUAAUUAGUCAUAUUGUUGCUACAUCAAAGGGACUUUGGGAGUCUGGAAAUUGCGAUGACUGUUAUGGAGAUGAUACUAGUUUAUAUCAGAAUUUUUCUCCCCAUACAAUUGAGUUCCAAAAAGCUCAUUCAGAGUAUGCAAAUUGUACCAGCAAAUUUAGGAAUGUUUCAGAGAUUUGUAAGGAAUGCAUGAGCUUCUAUCAAAAAAUGAAUGAUUUAUUUGAUUAUGAAAAGAAAAAAAAAGAAGGCAAAAUUUGCUUUGAUUUAGAAGAUGUAAUGAACAAAACCCGACAAGAAUGGUCUGUUGUCUAUAAAUGCUGCAAAAAUAAGAUGGAUUCGCUAAAGGCUUUUUAUAGUCUUUUUUCUACAAUAAUCAUCCUGACACUUGCUUUCUAUUCAGUCAUUUAUCUUACCGGAUCUAGCUAUGAUGAAACAACAACACUUGAUGCUAGAGAAAUAUCAAUUAGCCAAACAAUGGAACCUAACACUUCAGCAUCAUCUUCUGGAUCUUCAAAUGUAACAGCAAUAAUAAAAUCAAAGAAAGAACCAGAGUCUGAUAAGAAGUUGCUUAUCAACGUAGACGAUUCCGAUGAUGAUGAAAAUAUUUUAUCUACUCCAUCAGCAAAUAGGCACCAAAUUGUACUGGACAAUUGAAAUGUAGUUAAUUCCUUUUUAAUUUACUUCUUUUAUGUGCUAUGUCAUAUAAUAAUGAUGGAAUAUCCAAAUUACAAUCGAAAACGCUUUUAAAUAUUUUUGUAUUUUAUUAUGUUAAUUAUUUUCUUAUAAGAAAGAAAUCUCUGGAUUUAAAAAUUGUGAUUAAUAAAGAACAAGACUUUAAACUGAUAACAAUUAGUGUAUUUCAACAGUAUGAAGCAUGAUGUUAUCGACAUCUUGGCUUAAAUUUGAGUCAGAAACUUCAGACACUUCCUGCUUUUGUUGCUCUUGAUUAUAUUUCUUAUAGUCAUC